AUGACUGCUACAAAGUUAAUAAAGUUAAGCCGACAACUUAUAUUCGUCUUCAUUUUAAUUUGUUUAUUUGGGGGACUCAAACAAAAAUGUCCCUUGAACCAUGAAUGGAAUAAUUUGGCAAAAAAGUGUGUUAAAUUUUUCUUUGGCUCAUAAUGCCACAUGAGAAUGCAAUUAAACUUUAUUUAAAAUCGCAUAUAUAAUUAUAAAGGGAACAAUGGCAAAAUGAGCACCUCAAAGGCAGGACAAGCGCAGCUCAACAGCAUACUAUUAAUAUAA